UCUAUGGUAGAUUUCUGGCGUCGCUCUGGUCUCUGUCACUCUCUAUGGUAGAUGGAACCGCUGCCGGGGUACUCUAUGGUUUCCUGAUCGUCUCUAUGGUCCCAGGUCCGCCGCUGAGUUCGGUCUAAGGAGAGGAUGAAGAAGGAAUGGGGAGGGUGGGACUCGGUAUAACAGCGGAUACCGGCAUGGAGGAGGGCGUGUGAGCCGAGGGAGGUGAGGACCGGAGUGUAAUGGCUGUCAGUAGUGAGAGUGAUGGCUGGGGGGAGUAAACUGGGUGGCUGAGUGUAAUUAGUGUGGAUACUGGGGGGGGACAGUAAGUACUGAGUGUUAUUAGUGUGGAUACUGGGGGGGGGGACAGUAAGUACUGAGUGUUAUUAGUGUGGAUACUGAGGGGACAGUAAGUACUGAGUGUUGGCUGUGUGGAUUAAACUCUCUGGUUCUGUUACGUGUGCAUUCUUACAUCAUGUCCAUCUGUAGAACCACUGGGUGCUUGUAAAUACAUCCGUACGGCUUUAACACCAGUAGUUACAACCGUAUAAAAUCAUUUAAGUCCGUCUUUCCCAAUAUAUAAAUUAAUUCAAUCCAGUUAAUAUAAAUACAGCUAACCUGUUAGGGUUAUAAUCUGCUUCCAGUGUUACCUGUUGGGUCUAUAGAAAUUCAUAGCUUGAACCUCCAUUCUAGUUCACACCUCUGACUAUAGUAUCAAAUAGUAACAUAGCAUACGCUGGACUAAAUAAUAAUUCUUUACGCAGCAGCUUGACUCGACUUUCUGAUCUUUUAUUUAACACAGCAUCACACGUUGAAAACAGGAUACACGUGCAGGCACGUAAUCAUAAGUAUUAUACCUGUGAUUAUCUUUAUACCGGGUUUUUACAUUACGAUUCUGUGAUUAAUAAAAGACCUGUAAGUUCAAUAAAGCUGCUGCGUGACAAAGUAUUCAAGUCUGGUAUUUGCUAUGUCAACAUCUUUCCCUAUACACUCCAUUUAAUGAACUGUGCUGAUCUGUUGUAGGGAUAUGUAUGAAUAUUGUGAUUGCAAAAAGUAAUGCUGAGAUUUUGUACAAUUUCUUCACAUUUUAGCAACUCGUGGGAAUACCCAGACACCUAGAAGCUAGACUUCUCUCGAGCCUGCGUCAGCAGGGACAGGAAGCAUUGCGUAAACCAGACCUGGCAUCCCCUCCCUCUUUCUCAUGCCUUUUACUUUUUUAUACAGACAAUAGUGCAUAGCAGAGAGAGUUACACCUUGAUGGGGGUGUGACACUCAGUGUUUCCAAUGCACACCCUGUAUCUGUACAUGCUGGAAUACAUGCUCAGUGCAGAGCACACUGUCAUGAUGACAGAACACACUGGGACUGCUUCUCUAGUGUCUGGUUUUGUUUGCAGUCUUAUCCUUCUUGUGUAUCCCACAGAGCUUACAAUCUACAGGCAUAAUGAUAUGCCCCAUCCAGGGGAGCUAACAUCCUACAGUCGAUAAACACAUUGUUUGAAAGAGCUUACACUUUGGGUAGGGAGAGACCAUUUCCAUGGUAGCCUGUAAUAAAGCAUUAUGCACAGCGGCCUUGUCCCAGUAAGCUUACAGUCUGCUUGUCUGUCAAGUCUUUAUAAGUCUGCUACACACACGCCUGUGGAAAUCCUCUGCUUAGACCUAACCUAUAUUCAGAGGCUGACGUUUGUUGUCACCUGUCUGUUCACCUGGAUACCUGUAGCUUGAUACUGUGGCAGGUCUCAGGUGUCAAAUGUAACUCACACACUCUGUUUUCCAUGUAACCCCAAGGCUUUGUUUGAUGUUGAAUUGAAUUGUAAGAGGGCUCUCUACUUUCACUCUACAUGUCACGUCAAACCCACAAAGUCAUGGAAAUAAUGCUUAAACCUUCCCUCAGAGGUCAUGGCACCGAGAAUAAACUGCGGUGGCUCUUCAUCCCUGUAUUCAUUCGUACCACCUUUGCUGCAAUAGAACAUUGCGCCAUGUUUGUGAGCAUGUUCCUUUUUAUGUGUUACUGUUUGUUUAGCAGAGGCCAGGUGACCAGUUUGCUCUGGGUGGAUGAUAUCUCUAUUGCUCGACGGCUGAUCAUUCUGAUACUACUCUCCAUUUCACUCUCUGAUUUAAAAAAUACAAAUGAUCUAGAAUAUUGCCAACGUAACCUGUGUUCUUCUUCCAUGAAUGUAAUAAUGAGUUACGAUGAUUAUUGAAGGCAGCUGUUUGUACAUCAGCUCUGAGAUAUUAUUUAUGGAUAUGUAUAAUUUGGUUAGGUAUGUCCAUAGUUUGAGCAAAUGUAGGAAAUCCACAGGUGUUUUGUUUAUUGUAGGGUAUAAUAACCAGCAUCUUAGAACAUGGUCUCUGUGAUAUACUGAAUCUGCAAAAUUCUUCAUGAGUGAGGAGUGGAAAAGCUUGAUAACCUUAUUUAUCAAAGGGAGAAUUGUUGAGAAUUCAACAGGGAUUUCAAAUUCUAGACAAAAUUAGCCAAACUGGCUGGGGUGGAUACCUUUUCGAGUUCAGCUGUAUUAACUUGGUAUUCCUGACAAUUCUCACGUUGGUAAAUGUGGUGGAACCAACCUCGCUACUGUGCACCUGAGGAGCCUGUCUUUUUUUUUUUUGUCUGGUGUAUGACCGGUCAUGUUUUCCUUUCCUUAUGCUCCCUAUAUCUUAAUAAUUAUACUCCCUGCUUUGAAGGGACACUAUAGCAUUAGGAAUAUAAACCUGUAUUCCGAAUGCUAGAGUACCCUUGUGCCUAGUUUUAUACUUAUAUACAGAUACGCACACACACACACACACACACACACACUAGUAUUUUAAGAACAGGCUUUAUUUGAAAAGCAUAUUGUGAACCUCAUUUUAGUUAUGUUUUACACCUGGACAUAUUACACUUUGUUGGGUAUUUAUUUUAAUUUAUUUUUUCUCUUGCUGUGUUUGUAUCUCUGUAUGAGUUUACAUACUCAUAUUUUGGACCAUAGAGCCAAACUUGCUCCAUUUCUUUUAAUCUGCAUGCUAUAUGCACAUACAGGCACAUACCUGUGCGAUGCAGACAUGUCUUAUCCAAUCUGAUCGAGAUAGACUUAGCAAGCAUUUUACAUUCAGAGAACCUGCACUAGGAGCUUCCCAUCUAGUCAUUUUCUAAGAUACCCUGUCCUUAAGAACUCACAGCCGUGUGGUUGCCAAGGAACCAACAGAGUGUAAAAUCACAGAAGAGCAUGUUUUCUCUCACCCCUGCCUCUCUCCCCGUAUUAUAUCAUGCAAGUGGUACUUAUCACACGUGCCAAGAGAAUUGGCUUACAGGAUUCACACCUAAUCUCACAGUGCUUUAUCACAUGCUCUGCCCCUGCAACGUGGGUGAGGUUAUGGGCUGUUUGGAUACUGCCGAGGAUUGCAUGAUUCUAUGGAUCGCUCGGAUAUUCUUAUUGUAAUAUAUGUUGAUAGAAUGUUAUAACGCCAAGGAUCUGUCUUUAUGUUUAUACUUCUUAUAAUUGAUGUAGAUACAAUAUUACAAUUGCCAUUUAAUAGUUGAUGGCUGAUGUGGGACAAAUUUGUGUUCUAUGCUCGAAUAUUGUUAUAUAGUGGCGUAUGUAUCAUACAGUAAUAAUUUUUCAUGAUAGUUGUGAUGUAGUAGGUAGAUUAUGUAGUUGCGUCAUAUCUAUGUAAUGUUUUUGAUAGGGGUGAUAUGCGGCAUAUAUCUCUAUUAUAUAGUCAUACCUUUAUAGACUUCCAGGUAUUAUUAUGUUGACAAAUAUUUUGUGUUCCUUUUUUAGGUUAGACUUGUGAAUGACCAUUGGGACACGAGAAACCAUGGUGGAGCCAGCACCAGCAAAACUCAAAGACCAGACAGCAGCCUUAAAAGGAAACGGUGGUAGCACUCUGUGUGUGAUCACAGAAGGUGUAGGGGAGCUAUCUUUAGUCAUAGACCCCGAUGUGGCUCAGAGAGCCUGCCAAGAUGUGUUGGAGAAGGUUAAACUCAUGCAUGGGUCUUCUGUGGAGAGUCUUGACAGGAUGGAGGGUAGUGAUGUUGGCGAUGGAGGUGAACUAGCUAAUGGAGACACUAGAGUGAAGGUGGUGGAUCCAGCCCCUGCUGUCACCACCUCUCGCAUAAAUGAAGAGGAUGAGGCAUUGAUAGACAUUAACAGUGUGAAAAAUGCCCGCAGAAGACAGAAGAACAAUUCUGGCAAGCAAUCAUGGCUCUUGCGUUUAUUCGAGUGCAAAUUAUUCGACAUUUCUAUGGCCAUUUCAUAUCUUUACAACUCAAAGGAGCCAGGCGUGCAGGCCUACAUUGGCAACCGUCUCUUCUAUUUCAGAAAUGAAGAUGUGGACUUCUUCCUGCCGCAGCUUCUGAACAUGUACAUUAAUAUGGACGAGGACGUGGGAGAUGCUAUAAAGCCAUACGUUGUUCACAGAUGCCGGCAGAGCAUUAACUUUUCUUUGCAGUGCGCUUGGCUCCUUGGAGCCUAUUCCUCCGACAUGCACAUUUCCACACAGCGUCACUCACGUGGCACUAAAUUGCGUAAGCUCAUCUUGUCUGAUGAGCUCAAGCCAGCCCACAAAAAGCGAGAAUUACCACCUCUAAGCCUGGCUCCUGACACUGGUCUAUCUCCAUCCAAGCGGACACAUCAGAGGUCCAAGUCAGAUGCUACUGUGAGUAUCAGCCUCAGCAGCAAUUUGAAGAGGACGGCCAGCAACCCGAAGGUGGAGAAUGAUGAGGAGGUGAGUAGGGACACCCGUCACGAAUACUAAAUUUGGGGAAACAGUCCAUACAUGAUUAUACGCAAGCAGUAACUUGAGAAUUGCAAUUUUAAAAUUUAGCAUGCAGCAGUGCAAACUUUGGAGCCAGUUUACAUUACUGUCUACAUACUAGAAGUUAGUGCAUUAACAAAAAUUUGAAUUAAACCGCUCCUAAGGUCACACUUUCAUGGUGUAAUGUAUAUGUAGCUUGAGUCUUGUUUUUGUCAAGAUUUGAAUUAGUCAUCUCAUGGUGUAAUUUUAGUAAACAUUUAGUAAGUUCUCUUAACUUUUAAAAAAAUGUGUUUCCUUUCUGUCGGUAUGUGUUAAAUGCUAUGUCCUGCUAAUUAUACAAAUUAUCAAAUGUCUCGUUGUGCAACAUUCACAGUUCGUUUCCCAGAAUGCAUUGUGAAAUAUGCUACUAACACGCUCAUUUUUCCACUUCACGUAUUUUGUUCCCUUAGCACUUUUGUAAUUUUCUUUUGGCCUGUACAUGGGGUAGGAUCUAAAUGUAAUCACCUGGCAGAGCCAUUUACGUUCUCAUCUUUGUGCCCAAACAAACUACUAUGUAUACUGGAGAAGUGUAUUUGCUGUUUGGGCUAAUCGGGUAUUUCUAAAAAGAUUGGACGUUGUAUGUCUUGUGAAUCACAGUAAAGUAGGCAAAUCCUGUCUGAAUACUGGUUUUCCCUGUGUUAAUAAGGAGUUCCCAGCUUGUUGCAGGCAGGUGUCCAUGACUGAUGGAGAACGCUGCCAAUGCCACCCGCUGUCCAGUUGUCUAUUGUCUGGGACAAUGUAUCAUUGAAUUUUCAGAUGUGGAGGAUGUUUCCUGGAGCUCUCGGGCAGGGUAUGAAUGGUGACAGUGAUGGGGAGUGGGAGAGAUUUCCUGCUGUCACAAAGUAAUCCCCACAGGUUUAACCCAUGUGUUACCGACUGUCUUAGUGUUAUCCCUGACAUAGUGUGCCAGGCCUGGAUCGUCCCUGAUGUCUCUGUGAACUGAAUUGAUAAAUAGUCCCCACAAUGUUUUGGUACAUUGUGCAGCGUCUUACUGCAGUUUGAAGGAGAGGGAUUAAUUCCUAUUUCAUGAUUUUCUCAGUAUAAAGAGAAUGUGAUUGAAUAGCCUUAAUCGUCUCCUGUCUUUUGUACUGUGCUAUAAGCCAGAUUCCCCAUGCAAUGGUGGGGAUAUUCCUUAGUCACUGCCAGUCCUGCAGAGCAGAACACUUGCAAAAACACACCCACAUGGGGUUAAUGGCAACACAUUCUUCUAAAAGGGUGUGGAAGGAGGGAGCCUGGAAUGCUAUGUGUAUGAAUGCUUCUAAACUGGUCUAUGUGGCAGUGAGUGGGUUACAUCGAUCAUGCUGAUUGUGUCAUGUCAGCACUUGGUGAUAAGGAGAAGAAGAAAGGGUCAUUGUGGUUUCUGCUCCCUCUAAGAAAUGACCGAUUACUGCAUCAAUGAGUGUGUGUGAGCCUGGUAACCUUUGUACACACAGCCACGCAUCUACCACGUGUCAAAGGCACAGCUGACUGUCUCGUGAGUGUCAGUUUCAUAGAUUGCCAGAUGAAACUGAUGGUUUAAAUAUUAUUGGAAGGAAAUAGAGUUGGUUUAGUGUGCCAGAUGAAUCAACUGCACGUGGCAGCAGUGACAAAUUGCACUGUGCUGGGUAGCCUACACCUGGCUGUAACAAAUCACAAUGUGCUGGGUAGCCUACACCCGGCUGUACCAAAUCAGUGUGCUGGAUAGCCUACACCUUGCUGUACCAAAUCUCAAUGUGCUGGGUAGCCUACACCUGGCUGUACCAAAUCACAGUGUGCAGGAUAGCCUACACCUGGCUGUACCAAAUCACAGUGUGCCGGAUAGCCUACACCUGGCUGUACCAAAUCACAGUGUGCAGGAUAACCUACACAUGGCUGUACCAAAUCACAGUGUGCAGGAUAACCUACACCUGGCUGUACCAAAUCACAGUGUGCAGGAUAACCUACACCUGGCUGUACCAAAUCACAGUGUGCAGGAUAACCUACACCUGGCUGUACCAAAUCACAGUGUGCAGGAUAACCUACACCUGGCUGUACCAAAUCACAGUGUGCCGGAUAGCCUACACCUGGCUGUACCAAAUCACAGUGUGCCGGAUAGCCUACACCUGGCUGUACCAAAUCACAGUGUGCCGGGUAGCCUACACCCGGCUGUAGUACCAAAUCACAGUGUGCUGGGUAGCCUACACCCAGCUGUGGUACCAAAUCACAGUAUGCCCGGAAGCCUACACCCGUCGGUGGUACUAAAUCACAGUGUGCCAGGUAGCCUACACCUGGAGGUGGUACCAAAUCACAGUGUACCAGGUAGCCUACACCCAACUGUGGUACCAAAUCACAGUAUGCCGGGUAGCCUACACCCGGCGGUGGUACCAAAUCAGUGUGCUGGGUAGCCUACACCCGGCAGUAGUACCAAAUCACAGUGUGCCAGGUAGCCUACACCUGGCGGUGGUACCAAAUCACAGUGUGCCGGGUAGCCUACACCUGGCGGUGGUACCAAAUCACAGUGUGCCGGGUAGCCUACACCUGGCGGUGGUACCAAAUCACAGUGUGCCGGGUAGCCUACACCUGGCGGUGGUACCAAAUCACAGUGUGCCGGGUAGCCUACACCUGGCGGUGGUACCAAAUCACAGUGUGCCGGGUAGCCUACACCUGGCGGUGGUACCAAAUCCCUGAGGAUGCUUGGUAAGCAAGUCACGGUAUCCUCUUUAUAAUUAUUCUAGAAUAGAAUAUGCUGUUCCCAUGGAAAUAAUUGGUUUUUUUUUGGUAGUUUUUUGUAUAUUUUAAAAAAAACAAAAAACUUUUUUUAAUAUUUAUUAUAAACUGUUAAUGUUUUUAACUUAAAAGUUGCAAUGCCGUUAAUACUGUGACUCAGGUUUAUGUAGGUUAUUAUACCACAUGUGUUGGACUCUGGUUUGUUGAUUUUAUUUGGUGAGAAGCAAUGAUUACUGUUCCCUGGUCCAUCUCUGUCACAGAGCGCUUGAAUUGAUUAUCACUCUUAGGGCACAAUAUUAUGCUAGCUGCUUAAUUACGGUGUAUAUAACAUCCUCUGGGUCAGAUGGAGAGAACUGUUUGGAUGUUUUGUGAUAUAAGGGUGAUACAGAAAGAUAUGUAUGUACUUAAAUUUCUGCCUAGAACUGUACAUACUUAUACACAGAUAUCAUGUUGGAUAAGCUAACCCCAUAUAAUUUAAUUAUGUAUAGGGGUACGUACCAGGGCCAUUAUAAUUCUACUUUGUGUUUUGAUAGUUUUAAAUACACUGAUUAUGCUGAAUGGUAAUAAAGAAUACUGAGUGAUCCGAUACACUAGUUGCCAAAAGUGAAUAUUCAGCAUACAGAGAGAAAUGACAGACCACAAAGAUUUCAUAAUGCCAUCACGUGUUUUGAAAGCCUGGAGUCUGUUUAGCAAUUUGGUUCUUCAGCUCAACAUUUUAAUCAUAUGGAUUGCUGUAGAGCAGGCUUCCCCAAACUCCAGCCCUCCAGAUGUUGCUAAACUACAACUCCCAUGAUUCUUUGAAUUAAAUAGGCUGAACAUAUCUAAUCUGUCAGGGUGAGGUGGACUUGCAGAGAGGGGUGGAGCUAGAAUGGCUGGGCCUGCGGAUGGAUUUGGCAUUUCAGCUUAUGGAAAGCUGUGGACUUCAGCCUGCAGAUUAUGUUUGAGGACAGUUCAUCUGUAGGAGAGAGUUUGAAGUUUGGGGAUCUGUGAACAGAGAUCUCUUGCAUUCAGUGUUAAAUAUAUGGAGUACUGCAUGGUUCAGAAUACGUGGAGUUGUCUGGAUCACUGUGGAUUUCAGCAUUCAGUCUACGGAGGGCUUCUGGCUUUAUGGCUUUACUUGCUAAGUCUGGGAACUGACAGACAGUAGGUGGGCAUGGAGACAUAACACUAUCUGACUAUGCUUCCGUCAUUUGGCUUUUAUACUAAUUUCGACCAAGAGCCAUGAACACCACGGUGACAUUGUACAUCCGAAUAAAAUAUCAAAAUAUGUCCUGAAGGCCCACUUACAAACCCUAGAUACUUAUCUAAAACGCACACAUUGACCACCAGGAAAGUUCCGUCUCAUGAGUAAGUUAUAAAAUAAAUGGAUCAGAACUCGCUAGAUACAUUGUGGGUCAUUUUACUUAUAUUGUGCUGCUGGUGUGUUAUGUGGCACUCAUACUGUGGGGUCCCUGAGCAAGGUAUGUUGGACAGUUAGCCACACUAUAUAAAUUUAUUAUCAUGGAGAUACCCUCUUAAGGAAUUAUCAGCUAAUAGCAGCUGCCCUACAAGAUUGCCUGGGAAUAGAGGCUUGGCCUCCCCUUCUUAAAGAAGGAAUUGGGCAAAAUUGCCAACACAACCCAUGGGGGUCACGUUGAGCAAGAUCUCCUUUAGAUUGCAUAGUACCCCACAUACAUUAUUUUCAAUAUUCUACUGAAAACACUUCUGAAAUCAUCCCCCACCCUACAGAAAGAAUUGAAAGUACAUGUUCAAACAUCUGCUUUUAUUCUCAAACAUGACUCCUGUGAUAUCAGUCAUUCAUUUGUUGCAAACUCAGUCACUGUGGAUGGGUUUGGGAUGUCUAUGGAGAGCUGCAGAGUUUAGCCUGUGGGUAGAUUUGAGGUUGGGUCUAUGGAGAAGUGUUAGGUUCAACUUUAGGUUAGAUUUAGGAGAGAUGCUGGGUUCAACCUAUGGUCUGGUUUUGGGUUGGGUCUGUGGUGAGAUGCUGGGUUCAACCUAUGGUCUGGUUUUGGGUUGGGUCUGUGGUGAGAUGCUGGGUUCAGCCUGUGGUUUGGUUUUGGGUUGUGUCUGUGGUGAGAUGCUGGGUUCAGCCUGUGGUUUGGUUUUGGGUUGUGUUUGUGGUGAGAUGCUGGGUUCAGCCUAUGGUCUGGUUUUGGGUUGGGUCUGUGGUGAGAUGCUGGGUUCAGCCAGUGGUUUGGUUUUGGGUUGGGUCUGUGGUGAGAUGCUGGGUUCAGCCUGUGGUUUAGUUUGGGUUGUGUCUGUGGUGAGAUGCUGGGUUCAGCCUGUGGUUUAGUUUGGGUUGUGUCUGUGGUGAGAUGCUGGGUUCAGCCUGUGGUUUGGGUUGGGCCUGUGGUGAGAUGCUGGGUUCAGCCUGUGGUUUGGGUAGGGUCUGUGGUGAGAUGCUGGGUUCAGCCUGUGGUUUGGUUUUGGGUUGGGUCUGUGGUUUGAGUUGCUGGGUUCAGCCUGUGGUUUGGUUUUGGGUUGGGUCUGUUGUGAGAUUCUGGGUUCAGCCUGUGGUUUAGUUUGGGUUGUGUCUGUGGUGAGAUGCUGGUUUCAGCCUGUGGUUUGGUUUUGGGUUGGGUCUGUGGUGAGAUGCUGGGUUCAGCCUGUGGUUUGGUUUUGGGUUGGGUCUGUGGUGAGAUGCUGGGUUCAGCCUGUGGUUUUAGUUUGGGUUGGGUCUGUGGUGAGAUGCUGGGUUCAGCCUGUGGUUUGGUUUUGGGUUGGGUCUGUGGUGAGAUGCUGGGUUCAGCCUGUGGUUUGGUUUUGGGUUGGGUCUGUGGUGAGUUGCUGGGUUCAGCCUGUGGUUUGGUUUUGGGUUGGGUCUGUGGUGAGAUGCUGGGUUCAGCCUGUGGUUUGGUUUUGGGUUGUCAGGGGUGAGAUGCUGAGUUCAGCCUGUGGUUUGGUUUUGGGUUGUGUCUGUGGUGAGAUGCUGGGUUCAGCCUGUGGUUUGGUUUUGGGUUGGGUCUGUGGUGAGAUGCUGGGUUCAGCCUGUGGUUUGGUUUUGGGUUGUCAGGGGUGAGAUGCUGGGUUCAGCCUGUGGUUUGGUUUUGGGUUGGGUCUGUGGUGAGAUGCUGGGUUCAGCCUGUGGUUUGGUUUUGGGUUGGGUCUGUGGUGAGAUGCUGGGUUCAGCCUGUGGUUUGGUUUGUUGUGUCUGUGGUGGGAUAGUGUUUUCAGCCUGUUGAAAAGUUUGGGUCUAUGGAGUUCUGGCCGCUUUAGGGUUCUUGUUACAUUGCCUUUUACAUUUUUCUCACUGUCAUUUUAGUCCUGAUAAAAUUAGUGAACGCUCAGAAUAUUGCAUUGAGCAAAUGACUCUGCUGUGACUGAUUAGUUUAUAGAGCUCCAGCAUAUUCUACUGCCCUGUAUAAUAGCAUAAUGCUAUAGACUGAGCAUGGUAGCUUGUUCCCCAUUUGACAGAAUGUUAGAAUGGUGGAUACCACAUUGCUUUUCAGUUCAAAGGAGCUACCAAAGCAUUCUCUAAGAAUAAUGUGAUCGGAAAAGGAAGUUUAUUUUAAGAUGUUAUUCUGAGUUGAGGUGGGAGGAGAUUAGGCCAGUGUUAUUAAGAAAGUGGCAGUUUUCAGUACAACACUUCCUGCCAUAUAAUCCUUUAAAUUCAAUCAGGUCUGGAAUAGCAGUUGCCGUUGUCAGGAUUUAAAACAUGGGCCGCUGCAAUAAAGAUUGAAAAUGUCUGUGAUCCUGCCUCUCUAACUCUGUAUAGCAGUAGAACAGUCUGUAUUUACCCCAUCAUUGAGCAGGAUGCUUUGCCCUGCUACCUUCAUCACUUGACUUGGGAAAGGGUGGGUGCAGGUUAUCAUUAUAACACUGAUGCCUAAACCUCUGCCUUUUUCUCCCCUCUACCCCCUAUUGCCUUUUACCUCCUGUCAUACCCUUUUUCCCAGGAGCUCUCGUCCAGUUCGGAAAGUCUCGAUAGGUCCUUCUCCUCCGUAAGUGGCCAGUUUUCAUGUAGUUGGCUGGGGGUCUUACUGGCUUUCUCUCUAUCUCUCAGCAGCAUUUCCUCUGUAGGGAAUACAAAUAUUAAGUAUGAGAUCCCCCUCCUCACCUGGCCCCCCUGCAUGUGGUACCUAGCUAUGCAUCACACAAUGGAAGAGAUUCCCUGUGCUCUUAGUAAGCUGGUGAACAUAUAUAACAGAUAUCCAUGCUUUAUGCACAGAGUUUAAUUUAGAUUUGUUAUAAAAAUAAAAAUAAAUCACUGAAGUGAGGCUGAUGUCAUCACAUGUUCAAUAUGGCUGCCCUCUCGUCAUGGCAGGUGUUUGUCCCUGUGUAGGUGACACUUGAUUGCCUAUGUUCUGUGUGCCAUCAUGUCAAAACAGACACGCAUCUGCUCCACCACUGCAUGAUCCUUUUAAAACCUGUCUCUUUGCUUACACCUGCAUGCUGGCUUCAUGGCAGAGUGUGGGUGGGGAUGUGGGUUUAUUAUCAACUGGGUCCUGCAUCCCUGCCUCCGGCCUCAAGGAAAUAUGACAAAUGUUUUGGAACUUUUUUGUUCUUUCCAUUUCCUGUCUGUGGAUUACAGUCCCAUGUCCCACCACCAGGCCAGGUUUUUCAAUAUUCCCAUAGGAGCAGGAUUGGGUUAUCCUUAAAUCACUAAUCAUUGGUGGAGAACCAAUUUAGUAUUUCUUUUCUCCACCGACUUGGUAAAUCCAAGAAUAUCUUGAGAUAUAUUCUCCAUAACAGUACACUUUUUUCCUUUAUUAAAAAAGUUGUCUUUAAAAAAAAAUUAAAAAUUAUAUCAAUAUAUUUUAAAAAAAAUAAAUAAAUGAAAAUAUAUUUUUAUCCCAAAUUUUAGAAUUUGCUUAGUUGGCCAUCACUGACCUAACACAAAACAGACUCUGUAGACUCCCAACUGUAAUGGCUUGCUAAAUCUACCAUCACUUAAAAUAUUUAUAAUACAGAGCAAUUAAUUCAAUUGAAAGCGUCUCAGAAUAAGAUUUAAUUAUAGUAAAUUGUUAAUAAUUACUCUGUCCUGAGUUCACAGCUCACUCUCGUGGUAACCACUCAGUCCAUGCAGAUUCAUACAACACACAUACUGAGGUGACCAGCAGAGGAAAUGCUGUAUGUCCUUGAGGUUUUUUUUUUAAUUUUUCAAUUAAUAAAAUUGGGUGAAAUAAUAUAUUUUUUAUGAUUAAAUCUAGUUACCUCCCCCUUAUUGAUCUUCAUUUACAUUUUUUUUUUCCCUUUACUUUCAUUUCCCCCUCCCUUUUCAUCUGCAAAUCGUAAGAGUUUAUUUCUAUACAAAUUGUAUAAGCUGAUUUUGUGAGCUUGUAAAUUCUCUGCAAAGAUAUAUUGAGGUGUGAACUGAAAAUAUUUUUCCUAAAAUGAUAAAACAGAAGCAACAAUUGAAUAUUUAUUGAUUAAAUCUGUUUCAUUCGUAGCGUUCGUAACCAAAACUACUCAUUGUCUUUGUUUCUGCUUUUUGGGAGAAAUUUGUGAUCAUGACCAUUCAAAGCAAAACUGCGAGUUUAAAAUGUAAAUUGUUAAUGACACAGAGCUGUAAUGACGCUGUGUUCAUAUGAGCGCUGGUUAAUGACAUCACCGUUCCUUAUCGGAUAUCUGCGUUCCGGAUUCUGUGUAUUGCAAAUCAUGCUUGCAGUGAUAAGUGCUAGAGUUUACUGCUUUGCACGAGGUUGAAAGGGGAAGAAUCACUUCUCAGGAUUUACAAUGUAUUAUGUUUACUAUUUCUAUAUGUUUAACAUAAAUGUAUUUGUGAGGUGUGUAAAGAUUAAAUAUAAAAUCCACACUGUUUAUCCUGCAACAUGAACCUCCAACUUAGCCCCCUGUCAAUCAUUGUUGUCAGCUCUGUCCUUUGUACCUGGCAGUCCGAAGACAGAAAACAUACAAGGAAGCAGACAAAUGUGCCUUUACUGAACUGGAUUCAGAUUUAUAAUGUAAAAUCUUUCAUUUGAAGUUUAACGCAAGUUAUAUAGGUACUUUUCAAUGGUGUUCUUUCCAAAGAAGUGACUGUUUCCCUUUAAGAACGUGGCUUGCAAAGCAGAGAACUGCGCACUAAUGACGCACACCAUUAUAAGUGGUGCUUCUGUGUGUAUGUAAGAGGGUGUUUACUCUUCCAUAAAAUAUUUACUUUUCACAUCCUUUGUAUAGAAAGAAAUGGUCCCUUUUGUGUUGUGUGUGUGUGUGUGUGUGUGUGUGUGGUUCCAUGUAACCGGAUCCCAUCUGGAGGGUUCUGGGCAAUUUACAGAACAGGAGCAAAUUAAUUCUUUUAUCCAAAUUAUAAUGUUGUUUUUCAGACUUGUUAAUGUAUUUAAAAAGCUGUGGAUGAUUUAAUUUAUGGUUUUAACUUAAGGUAGGUCUAACAGACAAAAACACAAGGAUUAGCCUAUUACUAAUGGUACAUGGCUGAGAUUGUUCUUUAUCCAUCUUAAUGUUGGUAGGUAUGUAAAAGGAGUGUUGGUGGUUUUCUGCAUCAAACUGCACUGUGUCUCUGGAAAGAAAAAUGUGUAUUGCUUUUAAUAGAAUUUACAACGGUGGAACUUCUAAUACAAUUAUACUGUAACGAGUUCUAUAUGUGGCUGUUAUGGAAGCUGAAGUCUGUGUUCCAUCAUUCCUCUUGACACCAUUAUUGAAUGCGUGACACAAUGUAAGACUUAUCUUAUGGGUGCAGGUUAUUUUAAACACAAAAAGAAUUCAGCGCUAGUAAUCACAAAAUUAGUCAAGGUAGGCAGCAACCCAAAUGAAGGAAAACCCCUCGGGUCCUUCGGUGGAUAGAUACAAAAAGAUAUGGAAGGGCUGCGCCAAAUAAGGGUAUAUAGUCCAGUAAAGUAUUGCUAGGGUGCCAAUAGAUGGUCUAGGAUACUUGAUAGAGUUCCUCUGUGGAUGCGUCUGGUGUAGACCGUUCCGUAUAUGUAAAUACAAGAGAGGUAGAGGCGACUAAUGGUAUAGUAUGAAAGUUCAGGGUGUGAUAGGUAACAAAAAGUAAAGAACUCACAUACAGGAGAGCUAUGGCCAGCUCUGGUGUGGAUUGCGUACAGCGGUAUAAUCCCCGCUUAUGGGAUAUGUAGGGAGGGGUCUCCGUCAGCACCGUCUGGUAGUCCAGAGCUCGAAAAAGAAAGACAGAAAGCAACAAUAGUGCUCUCAAUUUUGAUGUGGUUCAAUGUGCAGAUAAGAAGAGGUAAAAAACUCACAUUUGAGGGAGCUAUGGCCAGCUCUGGUGUGGAUAGCGUACAGCGGUAUAAUCCCCGCUUAUAGGAUAUGUAGCGGCGAUACGUCCGUCAGCACCGUCUGGUGAUCCAAGGCUCCAAUAUAGAAGAAUAAAAAGCAGCAAUAGUGCUCUCAAUUGUGAUAGGUUAAGAGAGUAGUAGAGAAAAUAAAAUAAUACUCACAAAGAUAGAGCAGAGGUACUGCUCUAUGGAUAGGCGCCGGUGGUAUGAUCCCCACCUAGGAUUUCUUGGAGUACUGGAACUUUAAAAUUGCCAAUGGAAGUAAAAGUAACCAGGAAAGGUUAAAAUGCCAGGAAUAGGUAAAAACAAAAGUUGUUUAAAGUGCAUAAAGAGUGCAAUAAAAAGAGGAUUGGUACAAUAAAGUAGCCAAAAAACUUUUAUUGAUCUAAAAUACACAGUAAAAUACAGAAUUAAUCAACCUUUCCUGGUUACUUUUACUUCCAUUGGCAAUUUUAAAGUUCCAGAACUCCAAGAAAUCCUAGGUGGGGAUCAUACCACCGGCGCCUAUCCAUAGAGCAGUACCUCUGCUCUAUCUUUGUGAGUAUUAUUUUAUUUUCUCUACUACUCUCUUAACCUAUCACAAUUGAGAGCACUAUUGCUGCUUUUUAUUCUUCUAUAUUGGAGUCUUGGAUCACCAGACGGUGCUGACGGACAUAUUGCCGCUACAUAUCCUAUAAGCGGGGAUUAUACCGCUGUACGCUAUCCACACCAGAGCUGGCCAUAGCUCCCUCAAAUGUGAGUUUUUUACCUCUUCUUAUCUGCACAUUGAACCACAUCAAAAUUGAGAGCACUAUUGUUGCUUUCUGUCUUUCUUUUUUGAGCUCUGGACUACCAGACGGUGCUGACGGAGACCCCUCCCUACAUAUCCCAUAAGCGGGGAUUAUACCGCUGUACGCAAUCCACACCAGAGCUGGCCAUAGCUCUCCUGAAUGUGAGUUCUUUACUUUUUGUUACCUAUCACACCAUACCAUUAGUCGCCUCUACCUCUCUUGUAUUUACAUAUACGGAACGGUCUACACCAGACGCAUCCACAGAGGAACUCUAUCAAGUAUCCUAGACCAUCUAUUGGCACCCUAGCAAUACUUUACUGGACUAUCUACCCUUAUUUGGCGCAGCCCUUCCAUAUCUUUUUGUAUUUUAAACACAAGCCAAGUGCCAACAACCUUAACAUAGAUUUCCUUACCAAGUGAUGUCAGUGUGUUAAUGGUGGAGCAUAUUGCCCUGCCUCCAGUUCUAAGGCGUUGUCUACCUGCUGUGUGUUAUGUUCGUGUUAAUUUAAAGGGCUCACAUGGUAAUCGUGCUUGUUAUUUUGCUGCUGUAAAUAUACGUAGGCCUGCAUCACAUGCAACUAAAGGGCUAGAAUCCAUUAUUAACUUAAUUUGGCUAAUCCGCCCAACAUUUCUGUCCGAAUAUUGGCCUUAACUAUAUUUUAAAAUGUUUAGGGCGAAGCAUAUUUCAGAGGCAUGUCAGGUGGGAAUGGUGGGCUGUCCUAGUGUUGCAUGUUUUGACUGUUUCUUUGAUUCCGGCAGCCGGUCCGGCUAGCACCAGAGAGGGAGUUCAUCAAGUCUCUCAUGGCCAUUGGUAAACGUCUGGCAACACUCCCCACCAAGGAGCAAAAGACCCAACGGCUCAUCUCCGAGCUCUCUCUCCUUAACCACAAGCUACCAGCACGUGUCUGGCUGCCCACUGCUGGCUUUGACCACCAUGUGGUUCGUGUCCCUCACACACAGGCGGUAGUCUUGAACUCCAAGGACAAGGUAUGAUUUUCCAUGGAGCAACUUUGGGUCAUUAAUUUAGGGUUUUUGCUUACUGACAGAGCUAAAAUAGCGUCACAUAUGUUAUAUAAUGUGUAUGUUUAUUAUUCCUUACAACAUAGGCUCCAUAUUUGAUCUAUGUGGAGGUCCUGGAGUGUGAGAAUUUUGAGACAUCUGUGGUGCCAGUACGGAUCCCAGAAAACAGAAUUCGGAGCACGCGGUCUGUGGAGAACCUCCCAGAUUGUGGCAUGACUCACGAACAGAGAGCCAGCAGCUUCACUACAGUCCCAAAUUAUGAUAAUGAUGAUGAGGCCUGGUCUGUAGAUGACAUUGGCGACCUGCAGGUAGAGGUGAGAUCGCAUGCAACUCUCAGCUGAGAUGGUAGAAGUUGGGCGGGCAAUUGGAUUUAUACCCCAUUCUGAAUUUGACUGAUUCUGGGUGAUAAAUUCUCAGUGAUAUUUUAGUUUUAUAUUUUGUAUAUUUAUUUUUGUGCCCUGGUGGACCCAAUCUAUUUUUUUCAUGGUGACAGUUGCCAGAAGUUCAUACCAACAGUUGUGACAACAUCUCCCAGUUUUCUGUGGACAGCAUUACCAGCCAAGAAAGCAAAGAGCCAGUUUUCAUCGCAGCCGGGGACAUCCGGUAAGAGCUUCAACUUUAAGUGUACCAUAGUUACAUAGUAAUAUAGGCUAAAGAAACACUUAAGUCUAUCAAGAUCAGACAUAUAUGUAUUACUGUUGUUGAUCCAAAAGAAGGUAAAAACCACAAUGUGAUGUGAUUUCUAAUUUUGUCACACAUUGGGAAAGAGAAAAAUACUUGACAAAAACCUCUCUUUGUAUCAAAAAGCUGCUACCUCACAUGUUAACGAUUAUACUCCUGGAUGUCCUGGUUUUCAAAGAAAUACAUUAUGACUUAAAGGAACACUAUAUGUUCAGGACAUGUAUUCCUAACCCUACAGUGUUUAAAAAUACCAUCUAACCCCCCUGGCCCACUUUGCCCUCCCUAAAGAUAGUAAAAUCAUACUUUUACUCCAGUCUGCUGCUGCUGAUUCCGCCCCUGAUUUAAUAGACAAAGAUAUAGAUUGCGCUAGAGAACAAUAUGGAGAGUGAAUAAGGUACAGGGAAUAAAAUAGGUAUAUGGAAAAACUGGUGCCCUAAGGCAGUGGCAGUCAUAACAAAGUAAAGUCUUAGGGAUAAAAAAAAGUCUCUAGUUGCCUGGAUAGGUAUCCUUCUUCAGACAUAAAGGUUACCGGGAUGCUCAGGGUCCACAUGUGUGUGUGUAUAUAUAUAAAAGAGAGAUAAAUAAAACUCCAAUAGUGUAAUAAGUCCAAAGUAAAGUGCACAAUUAUAGAAGACUUCCAGAUUUUCUUUUUUUUUGUAAAUAUGUUUUUAUUUGUUGUGCACAAAUAGGGGAAAACGGAACAGUGAGACUCGCAGGUCUCCGUUAACCUAGCAAGUACAAUAACACGUGAACAACAUGCGAAAGAAUAGGUUUUAACGAAUGUGAGGAUUGGCUUUAGAAAAUGUGAAUGAUCAACAUUUGGGCUCGCAGGCCCAUAUUGUGAAUGGACUAGCAGGUCCCUCGUCAUAUUAUUUUUCCGUGAAUAUAAUCUUUUGUUUGUUUUUCCAUUGAAGUAAUUAACUGCGUGGCUUGCACGUCUUCAGUUACGUUUAACCUAGAACAAUUUUAAACAUUUGCAUGUUCAAUUGGGCUCGCAGGCCCGCAUUGUCGGCGGACUUGCAGGUCCCUUACAUUUGAAACGUGUGUGUGUGUAUAUCCCUACUGUGUAAGUCUGUCUGCGGGAAGGUCGUGUAACAGCCCGGGUCACGUGGUCUGCGUCUUUCGUCUUUGCCCCUCUUUGUAGGGCCCUGUCUGGUUUGUGUUCUCCUUGUCUACGUGUCUGGUCCUCUCGUGUCUGUUUUAGUGUUUAGUGGUCCCCUUAGUACUGGUAAGCUGGUGUUGCGGAGGGUGCUACAACCCCUGAGGGCUGUCUUCCCCCCACCUCUCUGGUUUUGUGGUGUCUUUUGGCUAAGUUCAUGGUGGUGUCGAUGUCAAUUUAGUGAAGUCUGGGUCGGUUGUCUUCAGGAUCCAAUGUGUCCAAGUGUUGAGGUACACUUGGAAUGUGUCGUUAGCGAUAUGAUGAAGUUCCUCUAGGGAUCUCAGUUCCUCCAUUUGUGUGAACCAGGCUCUCAGGGGAGGGGUAACCUGUUGUUUCCAAUACUGUGGUACUAUCAAUUUGUCCGUGUUCAAUAUGCGGAUUGUGAGCGAUUUCUUAUACGCUGUUCUGGGGAUUUUGGUGUGGUGUAAGAGCAUUGCUGCUGGGCUAAGUUGGAAGGGGUCGUCUGUAAACUUUCCUAGUAUCUGAUGUAUACCCGUCCAGUAUGGGGCUAUCUUUUUGCACUCCCACCAAAUGUGUAGGAGCGUGCCUCUUUCCUCCCAGCACCUCCAACACUUGGGGGGGUUGGAUGUGAUUCGGGCAUGUAGCGUCACGGGAGUGUAGUACCUGUGCGUCAUUAAUUUAUAUGCCAUUUCCUGUGUCCUGCUAAAGCUGGAGCAGUGGUGUGUCAGAUAGCAAAUUUUCUCCCACUCCGCCUUGUCAAAGGCAUGGCCUAGCGCCGCCUCCCACUUCCCCAUGAACUGUGGUUGUGCAAUUGGUGUGAGUGUUAGUAAAAGAGUGUAUAGUACAGACACUCCAUGUGCUAGUGGGUCGGGGUCUAGGCAUAGGUUCUCGAAGGGGGUAGUGGUCUGAUGUAGUAUCGGUCCCUGUGAGAGUGAGGUGAUAUAGCUCCGAAUCUGUUCCCCCUCAGAUCCUUGAGUGUCUUGAUGCCCUCAGUGGUGUGGAUGUGUCUGAGUCUGGGUAAUGGGUCCUGUAUUAGGUCUUUGAACGCUUUCGGGUUCAUUCCCGGUGGAAGUCAGGGUUGUGUAUCAGAGGUAAUAGUGGAGUUGGGUAUGAGGUUAGGCCGUGUCUCCCUUUUGUGCGGUUCUAUUCUUGUAAGGUCGCUCUCGUGUAGGGGAACUGUUUCUCGUCCCCUUUCUGAGCCUCGGGUGGUAUUGCGACCGGGACGCCCGCCUCGUGUUCAUCUACCUGCUUCCACUGUUUGUGUUCCUGGUUUGGUCCAUUCCAUUAUCCGCAUGAGAUGGCAGGCCCUAUAGUAGAGGUUGAAAUCUGGCAGUGCCAGUCCUCCCCUGUCUUUUGGUUGUGUGAGUAGUGCAUGGCGCAACCUGGGCUUUUUCCCAUUCCAGACAAAUUGGCUUAGAGCUGUGCGUAGCGUAGAGAAGUACGCUCUGGGAACCGUUAUGGGGAUAGUUUGGAAUAGGUAUAGUAGACGCGGCAGGAAGUUCAUCUUCACCACCUGUAUCCUGCCUAGCCAUGAAAUGUGUGGGUGUGCCCAUUCCUGCAUCUCCGAGCGCAUCCUCUCAUGCAUUACGGAGAAGUUUUCCUUGAAUAGGUCCCCUUCUCGUUUGGUUAGCCAGAUACCUAGGUAUUUGAUUUUAUGUGUUGCCCAUUGAAAUGUGUAGCGUUGGUGUAGAGUUUCCGCCCUGCGUGCCGGGACGUUAAUGUUAAGUAUAAAUGAUUUAGUGAGGUUAAUUUUUAGGUUGGAGAUUCUACCGAAGUCCUGAAAUGCUUUCAGUAUGUUGGGGAGGGAUAUUUCUGGGUUAGUUGCAUAGAACAGUAAGUCAUCAGCAUAUGCCGCUAUCUGGUGUGUCGUCCCCGUCUGCAUCCCCGUGAUGUCUGGGUUGUUCCUGAUGGCCACCAGCAGGGGCUCUAGGGCAAGGACGAAAAGGAUCGGGGACAGGGGGCAUCCCUGGCGCCUGCCGUUUUGUUUGUCAAACGGCUCCGUCAAGGCGCCGUUUAUGACCACCUGCGCGGAUGGUUGCUUGUAUAAUGCCUCUAUCCACCCCCUGAUACCCGGGCCAGACCAAUGUGGGUCAGGGUCUGGAAUAGGUAUUUCCAUCCAACCCUGUCGAAAGCCUUCUCCGCGUCCGUGGAUAGCAGGAGAAGGCCUCCCGGAGCGUGCCUUCCACCGUGCAUCAGUGUGAGGGUGCGUAUAGUGUUAUCUCGUGCCUCUCUCCCCAUCACGAACCCCACCUGGUCAGGAUGUACCAGAUUGGGCACAUGUCUGUAGUCUAGUCGCCAAGAUUUUGGCUAGUAAUUUGAGGUCAGCCGACGUUUGGUCAGCAUGCGUGCCAGCAACCUGCCACUCUUAUUGCCGUGUACGGCAAAGAAUGCCUUAUGUCGUAGUGCGUCCCUGUGGUACCUCGUCUGGAGCAGUUUAGUGAGAUCUCUGUGCAGUGUGAGCAGUUGUCCCUGCAGUUCAAGGUUGUCUAUCUACUGAAUUUUCGUCAGUAUGUUGGUCAUGGCCGCCUCCCUUUGUUUUUUCAGUAUGGUGCUCUUUUGUAGGAAAUACCCCUGAUCACGCUCUUGUGUGCCUCCCACAUGAUCGUUAAGGGAACUUGCGCCCAGAUCCCAGUACAAAUAACUGAACGCGGUUCAUUUUCCCGUAUCAGGACCACUUCGUCUAAACGAUUGCAUGAACUGAGGGAAUAAAAGUCCUGAAAACUGAAAAAUUCCCGAACGGCUCGGAAGUCCAGCGCUGGCUUUCCUCGAAUAAAGAUGGCCGCCGCCUCGUGUUCGGUACACGAAUGGCGGCCACCUGCAACAGACCGCAAUUACCACUAAUACAUUGUUGCAAAGUACCUAAUUGGAGACACACGACCUGCUAUGGGUGGUCUCCCAUUCGGUACUUUGCAAAUUCCACGAACAGUGCGGUGAUUCACUGUUCGUGGAUAAACAGAUGAUGAACACUAGCGGCAUUCGUGUGCUGUAACACGCGAAUGCCACAUACGUUACACAAUAUGUUUAACAGCAAAAGAAAUAUACAGUUCGGUUGAAUAAGUGGCUAGGUUUGCCACAAGGAGUAAUAAAGGUUAAAUGUACUCACAGUUUUCUGAGCAGGUAACCCACUCAGUUUACUCAGCGUGGGUGGUAUAAUCCACACCUGGGAUUCUUUUGUGAGAUCCUCACUGUGGAGGUAAAACAGGAUGCCAAAAAAAGAAAUAAAAGCAAAUAAUUUUUUUUAAAAAAAGGUUUAUGGCACAAUCACUGAAUAGAAUGUCCAAUAAACCUUUAUUAUUAAUAAAAAUAAAAAAAUUCCCAACACGUUUCUUCCAAACAGUACUUUCUCAAGUGGUUAUCAAACAUAUACCUGGCAUUCACAGUCUUUUUGUAAACUAUUAUAGCGGAGAGCUGGUCUCCCACAGCCUAUUUCCGCUGGAAUCCUAGAAUGGCUCAGGAACAAGUAGUAAAUCCAAUAGAGUAGCAGGCACAAUCAGCAAUAUAAUGCAAGAAUAUCCCAUCACCUUUCUCAAUUACUGGACACAGUAUCCGGAGCAGAACUGACCUUUAAUCACACAACCCCUGCUUUUAUGCAAUGCUCCUGUGCAAGGGAGACACUCACAAUAAUUAGUACAGUAACCAAUAAUAUUACAGUAACCACCCACAAUUCUCCUCCCCUCAGAUAAGCAUUUAACAUAAUUAGCAAGUACACACUUCUCCCCGUGUUUUAGAUGUACCCCAAAUACAUAGGGUACACCUUAUGUAUUUUUAAAUCCCCUGAUAGCCCUUAUCUGGGUGAGCAACAUAUUCAAAAAUCACCCAGAUCAGACCAGGGGUUCGAGAGUUAUGGAGGUUUAAAGUUUUGACCGACCGCAAAGGCAACAGUUCGGUUGUUUUUGCACGAAUCUAUGGGAGUCUGGAGGUCUCAGCGGUGUUUGCUUAGUCGCGUGUCCGAUUUUUAGUUCCAGACACUCGACGGCAAAACACCGCUGUUCGGGAGUUUAAGAUGGCCGCGGCCACCCAGGGACUUAACAAAGUGUUUGUGAGUUUCCCACAAGAGGUAAUAAAAACGAAUUGGGAGGUUAAUUGAAGUCACACUUAUGCAUCCAGGUGGUCUGGUUUUCGGUAGUUUGUGUUCGUAUGGUGAAUGAAGUAUUUCAGUACAGUUUAUGGGAACAAUUAGACAAACGUUUUAAUUCACACGAAAGUCUAUGGGGAAAACAAUGAGCGGGGAAUAUGCUGGACAGCCAGGUGGAUUUUGCUACAACUAUAAAACAUGGUAAUUGCAAAUUUGGCGGGUAAAUGACGUCACCUGGUCAUAACACUGACCUAAAUUACAAUUCGUUAAAAUAAGGAAAAGAUUAUACUUUAUAAAAGAUAUGGAUGUACAGAUUCAAAUAAAAAAUAAAUAAGUAAAAAAACAAGGGUUAUAACGUUAAAUAACCGUAAAAUAGGAAAGUGGGCGUGCAGGGAGAGUGACGGCUGUGACGUCACAUGCCCGGGAACUAUUGGAAAAUGUAGUAGAGAGGCAAGGGGACAGGCCUCUACCUAAUGCAGCCAAUAGGCUAUGAAGGGGGCGGAGCCGAAAACCAAAAUAUAAAUACGACAAGACUAUACUAAAUAGUCUGCAAUACUAGGGGUAUACCGGGAAGGCAAUAAAAUGACACAAGCCACAUACACAUCAUCUGAUAUAUGGGCGGGAUCAGAAUAAAACUUAGAGGGCAUAUACUGGAAAAAUGAAAUGAUAGUGCGCCGUGGGUCACAUGACUGUUAGCGGUGGCCAUAUUGGGAGAGGAAGGGGAUAGGAGAAGAAAGGUGGCCAUAUUUAGAAUGGAAAAAAUGAUAGAGAGUAUGAGUAACAGGGAAUAAAUUAAAUAUAAUAAAAUAUAGUUAGAAAUGAAUGAGAUAGGGAUAGUAUAGUAAUAGAAAAAGGAAACAAAAAUAUCAAAAUAACUAAAGAAAAAUGAAAUAAGAAUAGGAUAAACUGAGAAACAGAAGAGAAAGAAAAAUAAAUAAAUAUAAACAAAAAAAAUGAAAAUAGGUUUAAAAAGGAAAAGUUAUAUAUAAUAAAGCCGCCCCCCUUGUCGCCCUGGCAAAUGUCCUGUGGGGCCAUUAGCUGGCCGACUGGCCACCUCAAUGCUCCUUGAGGUUGGCAGUGGCGGCACUUUCUGGGAUGAGGGAGUACCGAUCCUCCUGUUCAGCUCACUAUGCGGCACGCGAGGGAGCUGAACAGGAGGAUCAUUGCUCCCUUGCUGACUGCAGUGACAGCCCAGCUGCCCAGCAGCUCCACUGGACCCCAGGGAAAGCGAGAAUUCACCCCAAAAGGUGGGGAGGUUAGGGGGAUUGAAUAAAAAAAAAAUGUAAAUGUGUGUGCCUUUGUUAGUGAGUGUGUGUCUGUUAGUGAAUGUGUUAGUGAGUGUGUCUGUUAGAGUAUUAUUGUGUGUGUGUGUGUGUGUGUGCACGCAUGUUUGUUAGUGAGUGUGUCUGUCAGUGAGUGUGUAUGUGUAUUUAGAAGACCGGGUGGGGGGGGGUGGUUGCCUGAGUUUUGUCAUGCCUAGAGCAGCACAAAACCUGGUACACCACUGGGGCAAGGGGGUUGGUAGGUUAUUUAUUGGGGGUGUGACCUGGGGCCCUUAGUCACUUGGGUGGUGGGGGGUUAGUUAAUUUUACUAACACCCCUCACCCAUUGGCUACAGGUGGGGGCUGGUGGGAACAAUAGGUUCCUCCCAUGUCUUUUUGGGCCCCCACCUGCUGCUAAUUGGUGGAGGUUGGAAGGGGCAUAAUAGCCCUCCCUCCCCCUUUAUCACUUAUGGCCCCCACCUGCUGAUAAUGGGUGGAGCUGGGAUGGGACAAUAGGUCCCCCCCUUUACCACUAUCAAUUAUAUCAAUUCUAGCCCAUACCAGGGCUAAUGGGCUGGAGGGGACACUAGGUCCCCCAUUUAGUUUCGUUGAAUAGCCUAUAUCAGUGAGGCGACCCUUUUUGAGCCCGAGUGCCCAAACCGCAAUAAAUGCCAACUUCUUUUUCCUCAAAGUGCCAACAUGGCAAUUAAACCUGAAUACUGUGGUUUAAGUUUAGAAAAAAACUAAUCGUACAGUUAUCCAAACUAAUUAACAACUUUUGUUUUUAAAGAAGAAUACAACAGAGAGUUCAAUGAUACAAAUUUUAUGAUAUAAAUAGAUAAAAUUAAUCUUAUAUUUCUUAGUAUCUUCAACAAAUGCAAUACAUACACACAGACUGCUGAAUACACACACACACACCGGCUGCUAAAUACACACACACACACACACCGUCCGCUAAAUACACACUCCAUCCGCUAAAUACACACACACACACACACACACACACCGUCCGCUGAAUACACAUACAGACAGACUGCUAAAUACAUACACGGCUGAGUACACGCACGCUCACAGACGGCUGAGUACACGCACGCUCACAGACGGCUGAGUACACGCACGCUCACAGACGGCUGAGUACACGCACGCUCACAGACGGCUGAGUACACGCACGCUCACAGACGGCUGCGUACACGCACGCUCACAGACGGCUGCUGAAUACACACACAGUCUGCUGAAUACACACACAGUCUGCUGAAUACAUACACUGCUUGGCACACACUCGCAGACUGCCGAGUACGCGCGCACUCGCACGCAGCCUGCCGAGUACGCGCGCACUCGCACGCAGACUGCCGAGUACGCGCGCACUCGCACGCAGACUGCCGAGUACGCGCGCACUCGCACGCAGACUGCCGAGUACGCGCGCACUCGCACGCAGACUGCCGAGUACGACUCGCACGAGACUGCCGAGUACGCGCGCACUCGCACACAGACUGCUGAGCACGCACAUACUGCAUUGAGGGGUGCAGUGUUUGUGUGUAAGGGUGUGGAGUGCUAUGUAUGUGUCUGAGGGGUGUUGUGUGUGUGUGUGGGGGUGCUGUGUGUGUGUGUGUGUGUGUGUGUGGGGCUGUGUGUGUGUGUGUGUGUGUGUGUGGGGGUGCUGUGUGUGGGGGUGUGUGUGUGUGUGUGGUGGGUAGGGUGCUGUGUGUGUGUGGUGGGUAGGGGUGCUGUGUGUGUGUGUGUGGGUAGGGGUGCUGUGUGUGUGUGUGUGUGGUGGGUAGGGGUGCUGUGUGUGUGUGUGGUGGGUAGGGUGCUGUGUGUGUGUGUGGUGGGUAGGGGUGCUGUGUGUGUGUGUGUGGUGGUAGGGGUGGUGUGCUGUGUGUGGUGGGUAGGGGUGUGCUGUGUGUGUGUGUGUAGUGGUGGGUGGGGUGGGUGGUGUGCUGUGUGUGUGUGUGUGGUGGGUAGGGGUGGUGUGCUGUGUGUGUGUGUGGUGGGUAGGGGUGGUGUGCUGUGUGUGUGUGGUGGGUAGGGGUGGUGUGCUGUGUGUGUGCGGGUUAGGGGUGCUGUGGGGGUAUGGGUCCUGUUCUGGGGGUAGGGGUGCUGUGUGGGGGGUACUGGUACUGGUGCUGUGUGGGGUAGGGGUAAAGAUACAUUUAAAAAAAGGUUAUAUUAAUUCUGUAUUCCCCCCUCCCUUCCUCUUACCUUUGGUGAAGGAGGGGGGACACAGCCAUCCCUGGUGGUCCGGUGGUGGUAAGUAUGUUUCCCUGCAGCUAGGAAGCAGCUCUCCUAUUCUCCCGCACGAUGCUGUGUGGAGCGUUGCCAUGGUAACGCGCGGCAACGCUCCACACAGCUUGCUCGCAGGAGGAUAGGAGAGCUGCUUCCUAGAGGCUUCCAGACCCGGAAGCAGAGUAGGCGCCUGCCGUUUUGGGCAGGCAGGUGCCUACUCUGCAGACAGCCAGCGGCCCCCUCUCCCGGCCACCUAUGGCCGCGUGCCCACAGAGAGGGCCUGGCCUAUAUCCUUCCCCCUUUGUUUAUUAUUAUAAUUGUUUUUCCACAUGGGGGAUCUAAGCCAGAACCCCCUUUAUUGGAUUUCAGGGGAAGGCAACUUUUUGACGAAUGAACGAAUAGCUGAAAUUCCCGUCUGAAUUUCAGGCAAUAGUGAAUGCUUAAGUCUGUGAAAUGUCAUAGUGCAAGCUAGUGAGGGCAGAUGACAUGUCCCACAGACCCUUUAUCUGGGAACACUCAGAUGGUGGCACCUAGGAGAUAGAUCCGGAGAAAUAAAGAGGUAAAAAAAAAGGUGAAAUGCGUACCUAGAGAAAUUUGGUGGUGACUAGGGAGACAAUAGAAUGUAAUGGAGUAGGGAGGGGGGCUAAAAAAACAAAACAGAUGUGGCCAUGACAUUGCCGCUUUAAACCACUUUGAUGCAGACCCUUUUCAAACAUUUCCUGUAAAGUGAGAUUUAAUGUUUAUACUUCCUUUAUUGCACUUGCACAAUCUGUUUAACUUAGAAUUUCUUUUCUCCUGCUCUGCUAAUAGCUUUCUAGAACUUGCGCCAUUUGUGUGUGGUUAAAGUUCAAUUUACAGAGUAGGAGACAAAAAAAAAAAAAGUAAGUUAACAUCUAAUUGAAAAUGAAACCAUUUUUUUCAUACUGGCUGUGUGAGUUACAGCAAACAGGUUUGUAUUUUGAAUGCUAUAGUGUUCAUUUAAUGUGAUUUCCUUUGCUGAUUUUUGGGAUGUGUUGAUGUAUUGGGUUGUUUUCUUUUAGGAGGAGACUUUCAGAGCAAUUGGCACAUACACCUACAACCUUCCGCAGAGACCCAGAAGACCCCUCUGCUGUGGCUUUAAAAGAACCAUGGCAGGAGAAAGUAAGGUAAGUGGAUGUAACGAAUCGCCUGGCACCCCGACUGGGUACCUCCGUUAAAGGAUGCUCCUAGCGCUUCCUGAGGACUCCAAGCACUGCAGCAGACACCACAACCACCGAACCGGAGAAGCAUAUGAAUCCUCUCAAGCAUAUGAAUGCUGUAGACAGUUGAAUAGGAACCAUACGAAUAGGUUUACUCUCCUAGCAGUCAAACUGGAACAGCAUACAAUAAAUCCUUCCCCCAAUAAUGAGACGACACUUCACUUUGAGGGUUAAAACAGGAACUCUCUGUACUGUCACAUACAGUCUCUUUUAUUCCCAAUCCACAAACAUAGUACAGCCCACAGGGCGUUACAAAACAACCAAUCAAUCCGUACAAUACACCCAGACACUCCCACACAAAAUCCUCCCCUCUGCAUGUGAUAUGAUUACUGAACACAAUGGGUAAUCUCAUUAUCACCGGCAGAGGAAUACAGUUUUUACACAAUAUUUAUAACUUCUAAAAUAUACAUGUCACAAACAUAAAACAUAAAUUUUCAUAAUCAAUCCAUUCAGGGGAACAACAUAUUAAAAAAUGGCACGAAUCAGACCAGGGGUUCAAAAGUUAAGGGAAAGUCCUUUGUGACUAAAUGAAGCAUGGCUUUCUGGCCCAAACCAGUUUCAGAGUCUUCUAUCCUGGAGAGUAAUAAUUCAAUUAUCUCCCAGGACAGACACAAGACUCCAUUAAGCACAUGGUUGCAAAAAGACACAAAACACUUUAAAAUACAUAAAGUCACCUUUUACACAUAAGACACAGACAUUUCACAUAUCCCCAGAUAGCUGGGAUCUGAGCGCACAAAACUACCAAAUAGCGCUCAGAUCCUAUUCACACAGUUCAAUUGCCAUGGAGCCGAAGUCUUUAACUACACGAAUGGGCUCCAUGGCAUAGCUAUCUGGGUUAACACAUUCACAUAAAGUCUGGUCCAUAGUCCAAAGGCAAGAGGCGGGCAAGCAGCCUCCUCCAAGGACACGUGGCGAGGCCGGUUUCGCCACAGUGGAUAUUUGUGUUCUGGACGGAGAGUGCGUCCUAGUGUUCGAUUCUUUGUGCGAUGCUUAUUAGAUUGCAAGCUCUAGAUACUAAAGCAGAGGGAUCUGUAAGAAGGCAGAUGAAGGGAUACUGUCUGUUAUAUUGCGAGAGAUGGGGCUAGCUCAGCAGGAAAUGGAUAAGGCUAGAUAUAAAGUGGGUUAGAAAUAAGACAAACAAAAUAUAUUUCCUUACAACAAGAGAAAUAUAUGUAGGGUGGAUUGGCACUAUCAAUGAAAAAGAACAAAGCAACAACCUCCAAGUGCCUAGAAAAUCACCAAAAGGCACUAUAGAAAUACAUAGAGAUGAGAAAAAAGAAGAUGGGGGGUGCAAAAGAUAAUAUGGCAAUAUACUUAUUAUAGGUGAGUCUCGGGAUCAGCCUAAAAAGGAUAAAAAUGUAUACAUGGCAUAAUACUGUAAAGCUAUUUACACAAUAUAAACCAGAGGUAAUGGGUCACUCACGAUAUGUAGAGCCUUAGAAAGCAGGCUCUAACUGUGAAAGCUUUGAAUAAUAAGUUUAUUCACGCUGUCUCCACUGGUAUCUUGUUACCGGAUGUCACGACCAAAUGGAUUGGGAUAUGAAGCUUUACUUCAGUAAAAAAUUUAAAACAACAUAAAAGAAACCAUGGUACAAUAAAGCAAUAAAAUAGAACACAUACAAAGCACAACGCGUUUCGACUUCCGUCUUUCUCAAAGUGCAUACGAAAUGACCACUCUCGGGGUCAUUUAAAUCAGUCCUUUCCAGAAAUUCAAUCUCCUGCCCGAUUUCAUUCACUUCCGCGUUCUGUUACCAUUACGUGGUCGGUAGUUCUUACGUCGUUCAUUCUCUGACCAAGAUGAGUUCAAUAACCAGGAAGUCCAUCAUAUUAAAGUGCCAUUUUUAAUUAUGUUAUUAUUGUUAUUAACUAAAGCCCCUAGUGGCUGUCUCAUUGACAGCCGCUAGAGGCGUUUGCGUGCUUCUCACUGUGAAAAUCACAGUGAGAAGACGCCAGCGUCCAUAUUAUGAAUGCUUUCCUAUGAGACUGGCUGAAUUCGCGUGCGCGCAUUCAGCCGAAGAGGAGGAUCGGAGAGGAGGAGGAGAGCUCCCCGCCCGGCGCUGGAGAAUAGGUAAGUUUAACCCCUUUCCUCUCCCCAGGGCCCGGCAGGAGUGGGACCCUGAGGGUAUGUUUUCCUGGCACUAUAAUGGUCCUUUAAUGCCAGUUUCCAAAAUGGCAUGUUAAUAUGAUGGACUUCCUGGUUAUUGAACUCAUCUUGGUCGGAGAAUGAACGACGUAAGAACUAUUGACCACGUAAUGAUAUCAGAAUGUGGAAGUGAAUGAAAUCGGGCGGAAGAUUGAAUUUCCAGAAAGGACUGAUUUAAAUGACGCAGAGAGUGGUCAUUUCGUAUGCACUUUGAGAAAGACGGAAGUCGAAAUGCGUUGUUUUGGAUGUGUUUUAUUUUAUUGCUUUAUUGUACCAUGGUUUCUUUUGUUAUUUUACAUUUUUUACUGAAGUAAAGCUUCAUAUCCCAAUCCAUUUGGUUGUGACAUCCGAUAACAAGAUACCAGUGGAGACAGCGUGAAUAAGCUUAUUAUUCAAAGCUUUCACAGUUAGAGCCUGCUUUCUAAGGCUCUACAUAUCGUGAGUGACCCAUUACCUCUGAUUUAUAUUGUGUAAAUAGCUUUACAGUAUUAUGCCAUGUAUACAUUUUUAUCCUUUUUAGGCUGAUCCCGAGACUCACCUAUAAUAAGUAUAUUGCCAUAUUAUCUUUUGCACCCCCCAUCUGCUUUUUUCUCAUCUCUAUAAAGUGGGUUAGAUUCAGUUGUACCUGUUAAAGGAAAAAGAGUAAGCUAAUAUUCUAUUCUAUUCCCUUUCUUUCCCAGUAAUCGGAAUAUCCUGUCACUAUAAUCACAUUGAAUAUGGCUGUGGUCGAGCUUUAUUUUUCUCUCUUCUAUGUUUGCAGGAGAAUAAGGGAGGGCUCCCCCUAUGGUCAUUUUCCAAACUGGAGACUCUUGUCUGUAAUCGUCAAGUGCGGGGAUGAUCUCCGCCAGGAACUACUAGCCUUCCAAGUCCUAAAACAGCUGCAGGUGAGUCGGCCAGCCACGAAAGCAGUUUCAUUGUAAUGCACUCCCUCUACUGGAAUCUUCCAGUACUGCGCAAUGAGGUGUAGCAAUAAAAAUGUGAAAUGCAGGAUUUCAAUCACAUAGCAUUUGUUUGCCCAACAUUUACAAUUCUCUUCUCAAUUUUCCACAAAUUCCAUUUAAGCUAAAGGUCUUUAAGGCCUUGAGUUGAAGGGUAAGCCCAUCAUUUAAGGUUCUCUCCUCUAUUGCCAUGCAGAUCAACCUCAUUUGUGAUAUCUUUAUUACAAAACUAGUUUGGUCUCCAUUUCUUCUAUCGGAACAUUAUUCCCACUAUAACUGCUCUAAAAGUUCUAGAAACACCAUGGUCUUGAUUUUAAUAAGCGUUCCAAAUGAUUCAACACUGUUAGAAAAUCUCUCCAAGAAGUCCCCACUGAACUGUAUUGUAUUUUUUUUUUUUGUAGAUAAAUCAAUUGUUAAGCUUUUCUAUAGAAUCUUUUAGAAAGUGUAUUAAAUCGAGGCAGAAUGUUAUCCUACGUUUAAUGUCAAUCUGAUUGCUGAAGCCGGGAAUCUGCAGUGGGAGGAGGUAUGGUCAGUGAUUCAAGGUUAAUAUUCAUAUUGACAUCAUGGAUCUCUCCUCUCUUUUUGCAGUCUGUCUGGGAAACUGAGCGUGUUCCACUAUGGAUCAGACCGUACAAGAUCUUGGUCAUCUCUGCAGACAGUGGAAUGAUUGAGCCUGUGGUAAACGCGGUGUCCAUACACCAGGUAAAAAAGCAGUCACAGCUCUCUCUGCUGGAUUACUUCCUACAAGAACAUGGGAGCUACACCACGGAGGCCUUCCUCACUGCUCAGAGAAACUUUGUGCAGAGCUGCGCAGGAUACUGCCUGGUCUGCUACCUGCUGCAAGUAAAGGACAGGUAAUCUAUGCUGCUCAGAUUAGGUGAGAGAGCCGAAUAUCAAUUUUAAGGUCCAUGCUAAAUAACUCCUGUGUCCUUUAUUUCAACAGGCAUAAUGGGAACAUUCUACUGGAUGCUGAGGGUCACAUCAUCCAUAUAGAUUUUGGCUUCAUUCUCUCCAGCUCGCCUCGGAACCUUGGCUUUGAAACUUCCGCCUUUAAAUUAACAUCUGAAUUUGUGGAUGUAAGUAAAUAAGGCGGCCCAAUGUAGUAAACACAGUGACAUAAUAUAGCAGUUGAAAUAAUGUUAAACUUGUUUUCCUGGCACUACAAUAUUAAUAGGUCCCCCCCCCCCACACCCCCCCUCCCGCCGGGCUGAAGUGAGAGGAAGGGGUUAAAUGACGUACCUUUCUCCAGCGCAAGGCUCCCUCGGCGCUUCGGUCGUCAUCGGCUGCAAGAGCCACACGCGCAUUCAGUCAGUCCAUAGGAAAGCAUUCUCAAUGCUUUCCUAUGGACGCUGGCUUCUUCUCACUGUGAAAAUCACAGUGGGAAGCGCCUCUAGCGACUGUCAAUGAGACAGCCGCUAGAGGCUGGAUUAACCCAUAUGCAUGUUUACAGCAGGCAGGGUUAACCCUAGAUGGACCUGGCACCCAGACCACUUCAUUAAGCUGAAGUGGUCUGGGUGCCUAUAGUGGUCAUUUAAAAUGGAGGAUAUUAUCACAUAGGGUUACCCUGAGUAAAAUGUACAUAAUCUUACUAAAGAAACGUAAACACGUACUAGAACCUUUGCUCUCCUACCACACUGGUGCUUGCCCCCUAUCUGCUGCUCUUGUGAGACACGUCCUCUGCACUAUCUGGGUACCUGUGACACUCACCCAGUCAAACACUGUAACCCCUGUAACCCCUGUGAUAUCAUGCUUUUUUCCAUGAUAUGAAUUCACUGAAAGGGCAAUCUAAGGACCGUAAUUACAGAUCAUUGUUAUGGUUGCAGAGUGUCUUCAGACGCUGUCUCCUUUGUUCCUCUGAGACCUGCAGUUUACAUGAAAUGGGGCUUUUUCAAUGUGUAAACCCCAACCGCUCUGCUGCAACUGUGGUACGGCAGACGUGAACUUGCAUAUUAGCUGCCCAUCUUGGGACAUCAGUAAUAAGUGAUUCUUUAUAAAGUCACCACAAAAGGAGAUACAAUGCCCCUGAAUGCAGAGGGACACAGCAUUUAUCUUUCUCUUACUCUUGGUUGGGUCCCUACCUGCUUAAUCUCUUUUUAACUUUGGAUAGCAAUGGUAGGAUGGAUUAACACAGCACACUGUCUAUCAUUGCCAUCCGAUGUAGGUUGGUUUAGCCCAACACAUUCAGCCUGUUGUUUCUGUCCAUAAUUGGAUUAAUGCAGGUGUUCACUUCCUCAUUGGCCAAGCAGUAGUAAAGGAACCAAAUGUUAGGUGUCAAAACAGCAGUAAUUUAUUUUUUUUACAUUAACCAAGGAGACGGCACUAGAACAUUAUUUAACCCCAAAACCUCAACACUGUACAGUGCUUAUACUUUUAAUAAGAGGCAAACACAUGUUCCUAAUUCAUUUAUUUUUUAUUUUUUUUUACUAUCAGUCAUUUAAGUGCCAGGUUUGUUAAUUCCACCGGGACUUAAAGAUAGAAAUGUUGGUAGGUCAGUGAUAAUUAUUGUCAAUGCAGUGAGUUACAUUCUGGCUUUUGUUGAAAGAGGCAGCAGCUGGGAUUGCAUUAUAACCAUUAGUCUGGUUCAUGGCCACCACAAUCUCUAGAUUACCAAAGAGCCCACCUGAAAACCAAAACUGAGCACAGAAGGAGCUCCAUAAUGUCAGAACCCAGGAUCCAAACAGUCCUUCAAUGUAACCCACUCAGAAAUUACAUAAUUAUUCUGUUAAAUACCAUGGGACAGAAUUUACUAAAUAAAUGGCAAAAUUUACGAUCACUAUUUUUGUUCUUUUGUCAGAAUGAAUCCCCAUUUUAUACUAUGUUUUGUGAUACAUCCUAGUUUACAGUGAGUUUACCUGUAACGAUUUAUUCAUUCUCUGGCUGACAGGUGAUGGGAGGUCUGAAUGGGGACAUGUUUAAUUAUUACAAAAUGCUGAUGCUCCAGGGUCUAAUUGCUGCUCGCAAGCAUAUGGAUAGAGUGAUCCAGGUUGUAGAGAUCAUGCAGCAAGGUACGUGACUUAGGGAAGUCUUCUGACUGCUUUAAACCUUUACAGAAGUUCUGAGAGUCUCCAUAUGUGCAGUCAUGAUGUUUUAAGAUGGUCGUGCUCUGAUUAAAAGAUUAUUCUAAGUGUGUGUGUCUAAGCUUGAAAAGGUCCCAAAUUGUCAGAGGCUAAGAUUCUGUGACCAAUUUCGCCUGGACAUUUGGCAAUGGUAAACUAGAAUCCUGACAGAAAUGUUCAAGUAAAAUCAACCACUCUGUUUUUUACGUGUUGGUAUUUGUACAACAGAAAGCUGUAAAAUUUAGUUCACACCCUUGGAAGAGGUUACCUUGUAAUCUUUUUGAUUGAAAUAUAGAAUGUGACGGCAGAGGAGAACCAUUUGGUCCAUCCAGUCUGCCCAAAUAAGUAAAAGAAAGGUGUUACCAGCAUUUCAUAGCUUCCACAAGGUUGCAUUUUUGACCAUAUUGAUAUUUUGAAAUAGCAUCUCAAUUAGUUGAACAAUUAAUAAUGCGUUUGUUUUUUAUUUGGAUUAUAUUUAUUUAACUCCAUCUAAUGAAAGUAUCCACUUUCUUUCUCGUCUGUGAUGAUAUGUAUGUACACACAACCUCCUCGUGAAAUCUAAACUAGUUUUAGCUAGACUGGUUACAGGGCAACUGAUUUGCCUAUCUCUUGUGCAGGUCCUCAGCUAAAUCAUUUUUGUGCUGGUUUUGUGUUUGCCAUCACUCAUAUUUUUGUUUUUUUCUCCCAAUUUGCAGGUUCUCAAUUGCCUUGUUUCCACGGUUCCAGCACAAUUCGGAACUUGAAGGAACGUUUCCACAUGAACAUGACGGAGGAGCAACUCCAGGUUCUGGUGGAGCAGAUGGUAGAUGGGAGCAUGCGAUCUAUCACCACCAAACUUUACGAUGGUUUCCAGUAUUUGACCAAUGGCAUCAUGUGACCUGAGCAUGUAUCUCAAGGAAUGACCCUACCCCCACUUCUGGCAAGGGGGAAGAGUGGAUCAGAUAGAUACUGUCUCUGUUUAGCUGGACACCAGUGGCUGGAGGAACAGAGAUGUGAGGCGUACUCAGCCCUUGUGUAAAGAAUCAUGGUUUAAACACGAACAUGUCUUACAGAGGGAGGACACUAAGCUGUCUUGCACCUCUCUAGGAUCACUGAAUAUUCACAAGCUUCAGAGACCACUAUACAGACAAAACCCCCAAUUCAGUAUUUCUAUUCAAAUCAUCAGUGUUCAGCAGGUUUUUCCAAUUUUUCAUUGUCCCUUGCACACCUUUUCUUUUUUUUUUUUCCUCCCUUAUAUCCUUGUUCUUUAUGCACAGUAAUAAUUUUUUGGUUGUACAAAAAGACCCCUGUCUGUACAUGUGUUCUAUAUGUCUAGAUAUGGCAUUUAGCAGAGGGUGGAAGGAGGACGGGUCCCACUGUCUAUAGCGGUCUACUUGGCCCCACUGUCCUUUCACGCUGCUAUAGGGAGAAUUAAUCUCAUAUCACUUCCUAUUCUGAGAACAAUCUGUUGCAUUAUAUGUGUGUUUAUGUAAAACACUUCGACAUUGGCUCUGUUUUCCUAAAGAAGCAACGUUUUGAGUUGUUGUAUCUUCCCCCCUCCCCUCCCCCCCGUUCUUAUUGUUGAUUAUGGAAAACCAAAUUGAUUGACCAAUCACUAGGGUCAUAUUGAUGACAAAACAAAGCUUACAUCACUUCUGAGAAAACUCAUUCCCUCACCAUUAUAAUUACUAGCAUUUUCUUUAUUUUUUAUUUUUCUGUAUAUGAAAAACUCAAAUGUUUUCGUAUUUAAUUGCUUUUAUGAGAAACAUAAUAAUUGAUCCAUCCAUGUUUGUUUGUUUUUUUUGGUUUAUUUUUUUAUAUAACCAUUUUCCCAUAUUUUCUUGUUGAAAUAUUCUUUCAUGUUCCCCAAUCUCCAAGACCCUUGAAGAGUGAUAAAGGGUUAUGUUCCUGUAUAGAGUCCUGGCUAUUUUAGGGGGGCCAGUGGGAAUCACUGACACUAUUACAUGUCUUGAUAAUCUGUUGCAGAGCAACAAAAUGCCAACCAAAUUUUAGUACUCCUUGAUAGCAAACAACCCUCCCCUAGCCCCCAGAGGAGGUAAACUGGGGAACAUUGCUUAAAGGGGGAGAAGUAUUGUUUGUUUAGGGGGAUGAGGGGGCUUUUUAGCAGACAGAGAAGUCUUGAAUGCUUUCAUGUGUACUUUGUAUUAAAAUAAGAUAAUCCAAUUGUUCUAGUGUUUCUGUCUUAUCCUUGAAGUGCGUUCUAUACAGUAACAUGACACAAAAUGAUGAUGGCAUUUUAACUAAAAGCCAAGAGAAGUGUGUUAUGGGGUACUUCCCAGCCUCCUGGAGAGUAUUAUACGAUGGCUGUCAGGACUUAAGGUUGCUGAAAAACUGUCCACUCCUGGGAUUGCUUGGUAGGUGUCUGGUAUUGGCUAUCUUUAGAUAGUUAGUGGUUGGCUUUCAGCUAUUAUUUGUUAGAAUCCAUAAUAUUAAUAUCAUCAUUUUAGUACAUACAUGUUGACAGUGUGGCUGUUCCCUGUCACCAAGCAGUGACACUGGUAUGGUUGUUCCCAUAUAACCCUGAUGGGAUACAGGGCAUGCUACAUGCAAAACAAUGUGUUUAUAUAUCUUAAAGGGUAACAAUAACAAGUUGCAAAGUAAUGAUAAAU